AUGUCAUCGCGGAUGCAGAAGGACGUGUUGGCGAUGCUCCGCCAGGCGCGGGCAAAGCCGAAGAGCACGGACAUCGUUAAGACCUGCGGCAAGCCGGUUCCAGUUUCCGGGCUGGCGGCCCUGCCUAUGCUCCGCCCCGGCCGCGACGACGACUCUACCGGUGAGGACCACUGCCGCGACGAGUACCAAUGCCGCAAGGACCACCGCCGCAAAGACCAAUAUCAGCGGUACAAAGACCGCUGGUACAAAGGUCACUGGUACAAAGGUCACUGGUACAAAGGUCACUGGUACAAAGCCCAACGGGGCACAGGGGUAACCGAGUCGGGAUCACGGCGGCACGCAAAGUACCUGGGCAUGCUCAACAAGACGGCCCUUUCCCCGUUUUCGAUGUCGCGCUAG